GACCGGGAUCGGGACCGGGACCCGCACCGGGACCGGCGCCCCAUGGAAGGGCAGCGGCUGCGGCCGGAGCGCCUGAAGUUUGCCCGGAGCGAGGAAUGAGCGAUGGAGGGGCCGAGCCCGGCGGGAGCCCCGUGCUGCUGGCCGAGCCCGCAGCCACCGGGCGGGCCCGGGAGAAGGCGCCGACCCGGGCGGAGCUGGAGAGCGCCCUGCGUGGCGGCGGCGGAGGCGGCGGCGGCUUCAAGGACAUCCCCGGAACGUCGGCGGUCAGCCCCGGCUCCUCCAAGGAGUGCGCCCCGGACACCGAGAGCCCGUCGGGGACCGGCGAGGCGGAUUACUGCCGCCGCAUCCUGGUGCGAGAUGCCAAAGGGACGAUCCGGGAGAUUGUGCUGCCCAAGGGGCUGGACCUGGACCGGCCCAAGCGCACUCGGACGUCCUUCACGGCGGAGCAGCUCUACCGCCUGGAGCUGGAAUUCCAGCGCUGCCAGUACGUGGUGGGCAGGGAGAGGACGGAGUUAGCGCGGCAGCUCAACCUCUCCGAGACCCAGGUCAAGGUCUGGUUCCAGAACCGGCGCACGAAGCAGAAGAAGGACCAGAGCAGGGACUCUGAGAAACGCUCCUCCGCCACCUCCGAGUCCUUCGCCACCUGCAACAUCCUCCGGCUGCUGGAGCAGGGCCGGCUGCUGUCGGUGCCGGCCCCCCCCAGCCUCCUGUCCCCCGCCUCCAACCCCAUCUCCAGCCCCGCGGGCAACGGCUCCGGCCUGGCCACGCCGGGCCCCGCGUCCCCCGGGCUGGGCGGCGGGAGCAGCCCCCCGGCCCCGGGAGCCUUCAGCCUGCAGGUCCCGUCCCUCGCCUCCUCGUCCUCCUCGUCCUCCUCGCCGCGGCUGCCGGGGGGGCCGCUGUGCUUCGGGGGGCCGCUCCUGGGCAGCCUGCACGACCUGCCGGGCGCGUACGGACUGGGCACUUCAGCGUUCGAGCCUUACACGCGGCUGGAGAGGAAAGACAGUUCUAUAUCCAGCAAGAAGCCGAGCUCUUAAAUCAAAAUGAGUGUCAAAAGGUGUCGUC